AGUUUUUUCCUCCUCAUUGGAUUCAGAGAGAAGGGUAAAUGACAAGGAACAGUUGGCAAAUUCCCUGAUAAAUAUUGAUGCCUAUGGAGGAGAAGCAGGAAAAUGAGCCAGUUUUUCUAACUGCAAGGAGUUCUGGAUAUGAGACAGAUAACAUAAGAAGCAGUUAUUUAUUCCAGCAGCAGGCAACCCGGGGUGUGACUACAGAGUAGUUUAAUCCAAUCUAAAUCUAGACUGCGGCAGUCCUGCCCACGGCUAGUCGCAUGUUCCCACUGCCUCCUUGUGCUGGUAGUAGUGCUCCAGCAGCCUUGCAGAGAGCUAGCUCCAGUUUUAAUUUCGAGGUUGGUUUUUUUAGGGGGUUUGUUGUUGCUUUUUUGAGGAAGUAGGGAGCUACUUUGGCAUUCUCAACUUGUAGCAUAGAAGUACUUAUAAUGGUACCAGUAAGUAGCAAAAAUGCAAGGCCAGAGAUGGGGGAAGGCUAGCCUAUCCUUCUCAGUGGCAGUGCAGACUUGUGACAUUGUUACGUAACUGUGACUUCAUGUUACACUUUAAAGCCAGUGCUGCUGUUGAGCACAGGAGUUCUGUCUGCCACUUGUUCAUUUCUGUCCCUGUGCAGGCCUCCUUGUGUUAUCAUGCCAUUUGAAGUGGUCUGUGGAUCUGACCUGCAUUAAAACUAAGGCAGCAAAAAUACAUUUCAUAUUUCGUUUUAAACUGGAUUGGUUUGCUGGUACGGUUUACAGAAAGGUUGCUUGUGCUGGAAGAAAGGGAAGGGUAAGGUUGAAGAAGAAGAAUGUCUAAGGUAUGAGGUGAAGACAAGACCAAUUCUUCUAGUUACAGUGCCAUCUUAAAGUGUCACUAGCAAUGACUUUCACUGACCUUUUCUUACUGCAUUUGAAAGUUUAGGGAGCUACCAGUGAGUUAUUUUUCCAUACCAAGUAGAAAAUCAGGCACUGUGCUACAGUUCUGCCUGUUGUAUCAAUUACUUUUGAUACCAUCAGUCUAGACGACAGCAGCACUCUAUAUUAAUGUUCCCAGUCACGAUGAAUGACUAAAAGGCUGGAAAUUAGGUAGAAGUUUUAAAUACUGAUGUUCAAAUGGAGGUUUGAGUUUGCAUGAAUGAAUUAAAACCUUCAUUUUCUGUGAAGUGUGAGUCACAUGAAGCUGAGCCCUAUUCUCUCCAUUAGAAGCUGAACAUAAUUUCUUAAAUCCCAUUGCACUCAUUUUUUAAGUUCUCUCUUAUAUGUACAGGACAUGCCAUUUACUAGGUAAGCUGUUAACAGUGGAGGAUUUCAGAAGAGUACAAAAUCAAUACUGAUGCAAGCUUUGCAAGCUUUUAAAGAUUGUGAGAACACACUUUCAGUCACUUUCAGCUAUAACAAUGCCAUCUGCAGUUUAGUACCUGUCCCUAAAGGCAGAUAUAAUAUCUGAUUUUAUUCAUUGAACUACACAGAACAGUCCUUAAUUCGAAAAGGAAGGAAAGCCUACCCAUUUAGUUAAAGGUGUGCCCCAGAUAUGAGCAUGAAUAUUCUGUUUAGUGAAGGAAUACUGUUUGGGAGAGGAAGAAGGUGGAUGAAGUAGCCUGUGUUACUAACAAUGCUUUGAGACAUGAGUAUGAACAGUUAGAGAUUAUAAACUACUGCACUGGUGUUUAGGAAAACAAAACAAGUCAAAACAAACAAAGCCUUCCAUGUGAAACAAUGUAGGCCUUUUAUGCAAAACUUGUAAACCUGAAUUUCAGUAACAUUUUUUACAUCAAAGAAUCCCUAAAAAAUUCCAAGUUAUUAAAGAAUUUGUUCACUUUGCUGCUAUUAAAGUACAGCAUUCCAGAGGUGAGAUAGAAUUGCUUUUCCUGUAGGAACAUAUCAGUAAAAUAAAAUUUGCAGGACAGAAAAGUGUGAUGUCCAUACAACAUUCUGCUGAACCUUCUAGAAAAGUAAGAUCGCAUUUCUGUAUUCAAACUCUAUGAUAGGGAAGAUAUUCAAAAGCAAGGAAAGAUGAACAAAGUCUUCAAGCUGCAAUCUUCAAAAUUUUGAGCAGUGUACAAGGUCUGUUAACUUGACCAUCUUUCCAGGGAUGAAACAACAUUGGGAAUUAUGGACAAAAACAUUGGAGAGCAGCUUAACAGAGCUUAUGAAGCCUUUCGACAAGCAUGCAUGGAGAGGGACCAUGCUGUGAAAGAACUCCAGCAAAAAACAGAAAACUACAUGCAGCAAAUACGUGAACAGCAGGAAAAGAUAGAGCUUCAAAACAGCAUUAUUGCAAAACUGAAAUCACAGUUGGCUGCUCUGAAUGCUAAUAGAGGCAAUGCGCAUCCUUACAUUCUGAUGCAUGAAGACAUUGAAACAUCCAACUUACCUUUCAGCCAGCUCUCUGAAAAACUGAACAUAGCAAAGCAAAGAGAAAAACUCCUAAAGGAACAGUUAGACAGUGAGAGCAUGAAAUUGAAGCAACUUGAGGACAAAAGCAAUCAAAAGGAAAGGAAGCUUUUAUCUAUUAUUUCCAAUCAAGAUGAUAAAAUAAGAAAUCUGGAAAGCAAAUUGCAAGAAUUAAAUGAAGCGCAAAAGGGUAUACAGAUGCCAACGUAUAAAAGGGAGGUGAAAAGUAAGAGAGUUGUUCCAGAUAAGCCUGAAUUAUCUCUAGGGAUCUCUGGUAUUUCACCUGAAAGAGAGAAUCUGGAGACUAUUUUCCAGGACAUGAAAGAAGAGUGUCAUCGAAUAUGUAUGCUAGCCAGAGAACAAACAGACCAACUGAGUAUAUUUAAGAUAAAGCCAGAACCUGAAACUGAAAUACAGUUUUCCAUGCCGAUACAGUGCACUGAUAAAACUGAUGAACAAGCAGAAGAGCUUUUUAAGCCUCGGGUUAUAGAGGAUAUAAAUAGAGGUGCAUCAUGCAUCACAUCUAUCACACCAAGAGGAGUGGGCCAAGAUGAGGACAACAACUCUGUAGAAUCACUUUCUAAAUUUAAUGUCAAGUUUCCACCUACAGACAAUGACUCUGCUUUCUUGCAGAGCACUCAGGAAAAACCAACAGUUCCUUGUACUGGUAUAUCUGAAAACAUGCUUCAAGAUCAUCAUUUUAACCUGGAGCACAGAGACCGUGCUGUUAACCUCAGUAAAUUGGAACCUAACUCAUUUGAAGCUCAUGGCAUUGAUCUCAUGACCUCAGCUUUACAAAGCUUGACUACUGUUGACAAAACAAACCCCUCAGAUCAUGCAAAGAUGCCCAUAGAAAAGAUCUGUGACAAACCAAGUUUAAAAACAACAGACAGUGGUUUCACAUUUGUACCUAAGCACACAAUCCAGGGUGUACCUGAAGUAAUUUUUUCUUUAGAAGCUGCUGGAACAACUGUCAGAGGUCCUCAUCAGCCCAUUUGGCAGCCUCAAGACAAUGAUUUGCUGGCACAAGCAUAUGCAGACUCUGAACCGAAUCAGUGUGGAAUAUGUGAAUUCUGUCGAGAAGUUUUCCCACCAUCUCUAACAUCUAAGGAAGAUUUUCUUCGGCAUCUCAAUUCCCACUUUAAAGUACAGUCUUAAUGUAUGAGAAUUCAAUGGUUCGCUGUUUUUGCAUACAUUUAUACAUUUUUUUAUUCAAUAGAUAUAAGAGUUUAAGAAUUAAGACUUCUUGUAACAAGAACUCAUGACUGAAAUUGUCACAUAAGCACAUUUGUCAUUGUCUUUUGAUAAGGCAAAAUGAAACUAAGUCACUCAGUGCUGUGAUUCACAUUAUUGCUUAUUAUGCUUCACUAUUAACUUUGAGAGUGAUGUCAAACACUUUUUCCAAAUAAUCUUUGCCUGAAUAGCCCUGAAGUUGUGACUGUAUUUAUGAAUGUAGACUUGCAGGAUUAAUGCCUUAAUCUGGCUGGCAAAAAUUGGUGUAAUGCCAGCAUUUUUUUUUACAAUAUCCAGUGAUGUGAUUAUGUUCUCUCAGAAGUACAUGGGAAGUAGGCCCUCAUUUUUCAUUUAUACUAUAUAAUUUCCAAAUUUAACUUGCAGUAGUGAACUUCUUAAUUCAGAUUCUUGUAAAAUUACCAUAAUAGCUGAAUCCAGGUGUGCCAGAAUUAGGAUAGGCUUCUUUACUAGUAACAGAAAUGAAUGGUUGACUUUCCCAGAUAAUUUUUUUACUAAAGCAAGUAAUCAAAAGUAACACAUAAAUGACCCUUUUGCCAAAAUGGAACAGUAAUGAUUUUAUGUAUCUGUUACAUGUUUUAAAAAAAAAAAAAUUAUCUUGUUCAUGUACCUUUAUAGCAUUAAUAAUUACUAAAAUGCUUUCAGGGAACAGGUAAUAUUAAUAUGAAGGAUAGAAAGGUUAAACUUUCCCCAAAACUAAUGAUACAAAAGAUUAUUUGCCUUCCCUUCUUGUCUGCUAUGAUAGAUUACCCAAGUCUGGUACAGACUAGAAAGAAAAGGGGAAAACCUAAUCACCUGAAUCUCAGUGACUUUAUUUUUAACCUGAAUAUGCUUAGUGACUUUCUCAAUGCAAUUAAAAUUUGUGUUUAGUUGAAACGUUGAAGUCUGAUAAAGUUUGCACAUUUUCUGGAUUUACUGAUAUCAAAUUUAAAAAUAGGGGUGUUGCCAAGUAUUUUAAAUUAAUGAUAAAGGGUGCUUGCUUUUUGCAUUUGAACUGAAUAUAGAGUUUAGCCCUGAUAUUGAUAAUUAGCAUUAAUAUUUUCAUAGCAAAGCACAACACUUUUAUCUUUUUGAGAUUUGUUUGCAGGUGACAAAUUUCUGGAAGAAUUAACAGCUGCAUACUUUUUAGACUUUUCUGCAACUAUUUUCUCUAUUUUGAACACGUCAUGUUUGUGACGGGCUGUCAACAGAGCGUACUGUAAUAAAGAGCAGUGUACAGUGCACGUCUGCUACAGGACCUGGA